CAGAUGGGAACAGAGAGUCAAAAUCAGAUUCUACAGGAACAGCCUUCCCUAAGAGAAUCUGUCAAUGCAUUGAUCAGUGACCAGAAGCUUCAGGAGAUAUUUAGUAGAGGUCCUUACAGUGUCCAAGGCCAAAGAGUUAAGGUUUACCAACCAGAGGAUGAAAAUAGCUGGCUUUGUGGUGUUGUGAGCCAUCAAGACUCAGUAACUCGUCUUAUGGAGGUGUCUGUGACUGAGAGUGGUGAAAUAAAGUCGGUGGAUCCUCGACUGAUUCAUGUGGUGAUGGAUAAUACUUCUCCAAGUGAGGGAGGAGGCCUAAAAGCAGCUAAAACAUCUAAAGGGAAAAAGAAGAAAGAAAGUCUGGAGGGAAAGGAUGGACGGAGGAGGAAAAGUGCUUCAGAUUCUGGGUGUGAUCCUGCAACAAAGAAGCUAAAGGAGAGGGGUGAGGUGGAUAGCAAUGAUAAUGAUGGAAGUGAGGCAAGUAGAGGUCCUUGGAAAGGAGGCUCCAGUAGUGAAACAGGACUUGAUCCAAGGGCCAAACAGUUGCCUUCAUUCAUUCCUCAGAUUAAUCGCAAUAUUCGCUUUGCCACUUACACCAAAGAGAAUGGCCGAACACUAGUAGUCCAAGAUGAGCCAGUUGGUAGUGACGCACCAUCGCCCUUUGCUCCAUUUUCCUCUGGACAAGCAUUACUAGUUGGAUCUGGAUGUAAAGAGGCAGGAAAAUCACUGGAACAGGUUGGCCAAGGCACAAUGACUUCUGCAACUGCAGUUACUACAACUGCUUUGACGCCGACAACUGUGAGAAUCUCUGAUACCAGUUUGCCCACUGUUACUGGACAGGAGAAACUGAAAACAGGCCGAUCACAGGCCCCGGGAGAG